AUGUCAAAUAAGGAUUAUUUUCCUUCAGAAAAAUUUCAGAAGAGCGGAGAAAAGUGUAUGAGGAGCAGUGAGUCUCAUUCUACUCUCAAAAGACAGCACAGACAAAAUGACAUUCAAUAUAAUAAAUACAAAUUUGACAAAAAUAGAUUCCAAGAUAAUAACGUUGAAGCUAAUUAUGAGCUUGAUGCCGGUGACUCAGACGAUAUUGUUACUAUUCCUGCCAGGCAAAUGGCUCUCGGGUCUCAACAUUUUCUAAAUAAAAACGAGGAAGAGUUAGAUAAUCAUUCAGCUCCUCGUGAAGAAGAUGACGGAGAUUUUGAGUAUGAAUAUGAAUACUCUCAAAAUUCGCAGAAAAAUCAGAAAAAUACCUCCAAAGAAGGAACCAAAGAGUAUGACAACCAAGAAGAGGAUUACAUAUUGGAUCCUAACUAUGGAUGUAAUAGGGAAGAUUAUGAUACGAAUAAUGGAACAGGAGACUUCAGAAACGAAUAUGCUGACGAAUACUGCCAAAAUGAAGGAAUUGAAUUCCCAAGCUCAACCAUUCCAAACAGAAUCGAGAGCAGUAAUCAAAAACUUGACGAAAAACUGGCAAAAUACAAAACCACAAAACCUCAAAAAUCCACCGUAAACACCAUCGGAGAAGCCUUAACCUACUUCAAAAGCGGUGACCACUCCGAAUCAACCCUAAAAUCCCCUCACCUCGCCAUCACAAGCUCCAACCUCAAAACCUACGUCCUCAACAAAUCCUGCAAAAUAAUCUCCACUCUAAACAAAUCCGGCAAAGACUGCACCUUCUGCUCUCCCACCCCUGCCCAGUCAGACUCCCUCCUACACCAAAUCUCCAAGAACCUCUCCCAAAAAUACAUGACGAGCAAGGACUUCUACAACGUAAAAAUAAUAAACGACAUAAUCUACAACGAAAACACCCACAUAGUGUCUGUCUUCAAAGACUACCUCAUCCUCGAUGACAUCAGUGAGUUCCUCAAAAGAAGGUACGCUUCCUUCGAGACCAAGCCAAGACUUACCAAAAUAUAUGAGUUCUAUGACAAGUACAGUAAGGUAUUCCCCAAUUAUGUCGUCCUGCCUGAGAAUAAGUAUAUGUUUAAGAAUAUUGAGAGGAAACAGAGGAUGAUUGAUGAAAGACAGAAGUAUAAGACUGAUAAGGAGAGGAAACACAAGGAGAGGAAGGAGAAGGCACAGGGAGGUGAUUUUGGAGGAUUUUCGAACCUUUUGGACUCCUCAGAGUCGAUGGAGAGGCUUUUUGAUACGAAGUUUGUUGAUUCUGUUAAUAAUAUUGCGCCUGGAAGUCUUUGAAACUCUAUGAAUAGUCUGAGUAAGCACAGUCAAUUUAAAGAGCAUGAAAUGAAUUCAUCAAUUUUGUCACAGCAUUCUGAUAUUCAAAUGCAAUCAAACUGGCAGAAAAUGCAAGAAAUUUGAAAUCAGAGUGGGAUUGGAUCUUCCAAGAUAGAGAUCCCUCUGGAUCAACUAGUUGAAGAUUUCAUCGAAAUAGACACUCAAAUAUCCAAUUCAAUCUCUUUAGACAAAACAAUAGAAAUUGAAGAAUCAAAGACUAAGCCUGAAGAAAAGAAGCGGAAGGUCAAGAGAGUUGAUUACACACUCAAAAUUACUUCAAAUGACAUCGAGCGUAAUCAGCCUCACAAAGAAAUCAAAUACACAAAGCCUAAGACCUAUCAAAUCGGACAUUCAAAAGAAAAAUCUUCCAUCAGUAAUACUAGCUCAGGAUCAAAGAUUGAUUUCAGUAAAGUUGGCAGGAAGAAGAACUCUAGCCAACAGAAAAGGUUGAACGACAAGGACAUUUUUGGAACAAAUAAUAACAAGAUUCUAAAAACACAGAGAUAUGAGAAAUCUAACUAUCACACCUCCAAAUACUCCCCCAUAAAAGGGAUGUACCAAAGCAAGUCCACUACAAACAUAAAAACUGGUGCAAAAUCCAAGCCUUUGCACACAAAAAAUUUCCAAAUUUUGAGUAACAAAAAGUCGGCUUUCGACCCCAUUAAGCCAUCCAAAAAAUCUUUGCCAGGCUCUAAAGAUCAGCUUAGCUAUAAAACAAAGCCUAAAGAAGAGAAAGGCCACUUCAGAGGUGAGACUUGGACAGGCAACCAAUACCUGAGCAUCAAAAAUACCUCUGCUCAUGGAAGGAAGAAGUCAUCCAUCGGAAAAUCCAAGCCUGAGCUAGCAACACUUAGCGAAUCCCAGAGUGUCAAAAAGAUGCGAAAAGGUAUCCUGAAGAAGGAUAUUCAGCAAAAAUCCACUGUCAAGAACUCUAGGCAGAGUCUAGGUGAUAGAAAUAAUACUCACAAAAAGUACAUCACUAAAAGUGAUAUCUCAAAGAAGGUUUCAACCCCCACCAGUAAUGGAAUGGUUAUCAAAUCAGGAGCAUAUACUACUCGAACCAUUGUUUCUGACAGCGUGAAGCCAGUAUUGCUCAAAACUGAGAGAAAAAUUGCCAGAAAAGGAUACGGAGGAACUAACUCUUCUUCUGAGACUAGGCGUCCUAAGAUUUUCUCCAAAAAGCUCAGGACACAGUCCAGAGGAGAAAAUACAGCAACCAAGGAGAACAGCUCUACUUCCAGCAAGACUUCUCAAAAAUGUCUAUCUAAUCUUUCCAAAUCAAAUUCUAGAAGGAAUGAUAAAAACAGCAGUUCACAGCAUCUGAAGAAGAAAAGUGUAGUCAUCCCAACUAAAAAGACAAAGGUUUUGUACUCCAAUAAAUCAGAAUAUGAUAGAAAAAGAAACUCAAAAGCAACUGAUGCUUCAAUAAAGCCAAGCUCGUCAGCUGCUAAUCUAGAUACAAAGAAGCUCAGCAGUUCUAAGUCAGGUUUACUUCAGAGCCAAAGGUUGAAAGCUCAGAAUAAGACCAGAAAACUUAAAUACUUGACAACUAAUGAGGAAGCUAAAUCCAAAUAUGGUGCUGCAAAGACAUCUAGGGAGAAAGGCCGACUCAUUGAGUUCAAACUGCACGAAGAUGAGCUACCUGAUUCUAAAAAUGAAAAUUUAAAACCUAAAUCUAGGAUCGUUGAUAGCAAUCUAGGAGCAAUACAGAGAUUAUACGCUCACAAGUCUCAAAAACUGUUCUCAAGCAGUUACUCAAAAUCAGCUCGUGGUUAUCAAGCCGGGUCUGAAAAAACUCGUCAAGGGGCAAAAUUGGCGAAAUAUAAAUAAAAUCACUAAUUCCAGACCAAAAACCUCAAGAAAUCCAGCAUUAAAAUCAUACAAAGAAAUAUGUACAAACAAAGUUCUGCCUGGCACUGAGGGGACUAGAAAAGUCGAGGAAGGAGUAAAAGCAGCUACCUACAAACCUUCACAAGUAAAGAUAUAUCUCAAAAAUGAGGAAUAA